GAGGCUAAGGGAUAUGUCGGCGCAGGCUCCAUUGCUAUAUGGACAACCACAUACGGCUACACCGGGAUCGGUCUUGCCGAGGAAAAUCAGCGGCUUCGUCAACAGGUGGAGCGCCUGAGCAGGCAGGCGGCAGCAUCGGUGGCAAUCCACCCGGACUUUCAAGACAUGAUCACGAACAUGGGGGGCAGCAAGGUGACCUUUCAGGUGAGGCAGAACCCGGAAGCAAUCCAGCAGGACAGUCGGGACGUGACUCAGAACAAGGCGAUGAGGGCGUUGUUCGAGGUCAUCAGCACGCAAGGCCACGAAGCGGUGAGGCUUUUCAAGGGGCUGCGGAUGUUGGUGAUGCGAGGUUUGUUGAUAACACUUCUGGCAAUCCACCCGGACUUUCGAGACAUGAUCACGAACAUGGGGGUCGUCUUUUUUAUGAUAUGCAUGCACCGGGCGCUCAUGCAGGGAAUGUCGCAGUUACAAGCAGUAAUGGCUUUACAGAUGGGCAUGGCAGCGAACCGCACAGAAGUUAUCAGACCAGGAGUUAGUGGCUCUGAGCUUCCGAAACUACCUGAACCAGAUGAUCAAGCUGCAAUAAACGUUGGUGACUGGUUGCAUGGACUGGCAGGCCCUAUGGGGGACAUCACUGACGGAAGCAGUAGAUGGUGGUCGGAAGUUUUGGUUUCGUUGGAUGCUUUCUAUGGUGACUACGUCGGGGCUUCUACUGUGAGAAAGGUUCAGCUGAAGGCGGAGGACUAUGCGACCAAGGAGCUGCGCGACUCCAAGUGGAGCAGACUGGACAAGCGUGCAGCGAGCAUGCUUUUACAGGCGGUCCCAGAGAACCUGAAGAGUGAACUGAUGGCAAACAGACUGAGCUCCACGAUAUCCAUUUUGGGACGUAUUCUUACAAUAUACCGUUCAGGGUCGGCUGCUGAAAGACAACAGGUUCUUCGUGCCCUGGAGAAUCCUGGAGGAGCAAACACCCCGGCCGACUUGGUCGAGGUACUUCGACGCUGGAUGAGGUGGCUGAAGCGGGCGCAGGAUUUGGGGUUGCAAGUUCCGGACGCAAGCAUUCUGUUGAAGGGGCUGGACACCGCAUGCAAACAACAGAUGGAGAAGAAUGGAGAGAUUAUCUUCAGGAGUAACAUGUUGCGGUACAGCCUUGACCUUGAUGCUGCGCCCAGCAUACAGAAUGUUUUGCGUUAUCAUGGCCACCUUCUGGCGGAGUUUGAGCAGUUGUCGUUUCGUGGGAGAUCGAAAUCUACAGGACCUACAUUACCUACCGUGAAGAAUGUGAGUGCCAAUGGGGAAGCAGCCGCGACUACUACACCAAAGGGGGGAACGACACCUACUACUAGCGGGAAUCCAAAGCCAUGCAAGUUCUUCUUGUCCGACACAGGAUGCCAACGGAACUCGUGCAGGUUUUCGCACGACUGGCAACAUGUGCCAAAGGAGGACCGCCACGACAAGUGCAAGAACUGUGGAGGCAAGGGACACCUCAAGAAGUUUUGCCCUAUGAAGCAGGCAACCGACGGCGGUCGCAAGGGUGAGGAAGUGCGUGGUCCUGGACAGCCCAGGGUCAAAACAGUGGCACAGGAGAGGAGAGAAGAGAGUACUACGUUUACAAGGGACACAACAGAUUCCAAUGUUACGGUACCUCCAGCUCCUCCGCAGUCUUCAUCUACUACAACGAACCCCUCAACCGAGGCAACCACACCGGCUACUUCAACGGCAAGCAAUGAGGAGCUUCUACGGAGCGCCACUCAGAUACUUAAGUUGAUGGCGGAGCAAAGCAGCGUUACUAUGCCGUCCAUGAAGAUGUUGAAGAAAGCGGUGACGGCUAUGGAGUCCCGUAUGGCUUUGGUGGAUUCAGGAGCUACUCAUCCCCUUCGGCAGGCUACGGCACCAGAGUGGCGAGGCUCUUCUGAGGUGGACGUUCUGAUAGCAGGUGACGGUGUGGCCAGGAUGAGACAAACGGAUACAGGAACGCUGCUCACAGAUCCAAUGGCGGGCAAGUCUCAAACUAUAUUGCCGGUGGGAGGAUUGGUUUCUAUCUUGGGAUACGAACUCCUCUGGACAAAGAAAAAGUGUGUUCUACGUGGUCCGGAAGGGCGAGAGAUACCUCUACGUGUGACAACUGGAUGUCCAGAAAUUGAUGAAGCCACAGCCCUUGAACUGAUUGCCAAAAUAGAAGAAGAAAAACUUCAGCAGCUUACCGAGAAGGCCAAGAUCACCCAGAGUGCUUUGAUGAGGGCUUGCAAGGUGCAGAGCUGUGAACAGUGGCAAUCCAGUAUGAAGGACUACGUCCUCAAGGGCAAGUUUGAGGAUGGGUUUCGGGCAUUGGUUUCUAUGCCAUGGCUUCGCAAUGUUCCGAGGGAGGACUUGGUGAAGGUUGUUACGGACUUGCCGGGCUCAGAGGAGGAUGCUUGGGAGAUGAUGAAGGACCUGGGCUUCAACCGGCGCUUCAGGAAGCGUUUGAUGCAUCGAGAUUGGAUUGUGAAGUUCUAUAGCGGGCGCAAGUUGGAGUCAGAUAAGAUAUUCAGGCCCUUGACGACCAACAACACUGUGGUGCUGGAUGUGGACCUCCUGAGAAACUCACAGAUGGACGUGCUGAAGCAGGGCAAGGGCAUCUUCAUGUUAAUGAUGUGGGGAGCAGCUACGGGACGCAUCGCGGGCAUCAUGUCGGCCAUUCCUAAAGAGCGAGCUGAUGAACAUCUGGUUCGAAUGAUGGCUGUGGCAGAGACAGCACGUGAAGGGAGACGGCUGAUGUGCGAGAUGACCGAUGUUCCCAACGAUGAUGUCGCCAUCGCUAUAUGGGGUUCUUCGGAGGCGGAAGAGGACUCCAGUGCUUGUGCUUUACAAAGGGGGUGGAUGAAGCAUUGGGUGGUGGAAGGCAGCCUACAGAACCUCUACUUCGAGCAAGGGGGCCUUGGACAUCCACUACGAAGGCCUACAUAUAUGGUGACCAACAUGGAUGUUACAGAGCUUCGAGGAGUUCGGGAUGAACGUGAACAAGAGAGCACAAAGGGCUCCUGGUCAGUUUGGGCACCGAUGAUGAUGCAUGUGUUGACCAGAGGCUGGAAACGAUGGAAGUUGAGACCUGGAUGGUAUCCUCGGGUGGUCAGGGCGUUGAGGGCGGUGGACAGGAAGGCUUGGGAGAGACACUUAGCCAAUGAUCAUGUUCCACAUAGGCCCGAUUGCCUACAGUGCAUACACAAUGCUACAGGAAGGCCUCAUCGGAGAUGUUUGCAUAAAGAUUGCUACGUGAUGAGUGCAGAUACACUGGGACCAGUUCGAGUGCCUGGACCGAAAGGGGAGAAAUAUGCCAUCGUUUUCACGUUUCAGUACCCCAAGCAGAAGCUUAGUCCGGAGGACGCGCCGAUAAAGGAGGAUGAACUAUCAGGCUGGGACUUGGACCUCAAGGCAACCCACGACAAGGACAAGCCGGAGGGUGUUGAGGAUGAGCCAGAGGACCCUUUGGCCGAUGUGGACCUUGAUGAGUACGCGCCGAGUAGUCCUGAGAAUGAGUUUGAGGAGGAGGAAACCACCGAAGCCGUGGAGAUGCGACCCGCUCGUGUAGAUGGUACGGACAAAGAAGAUUGGUGGGAGUUCAGGGAGUCGACAGGAGUAUUGAUUAGACAUCAUGAACUACCACGCAAGGUGUUAUUCCGUCCUACAUCAACCAACGGUUGUCCACUACAUACAGCUAAGUUAGAUGAUACUCGGGUCACGGAGGUGAAGUACGUUGGUGGAGGAGUGGAGACCGAGAUUUCGGACUGGCACGGCCCGAAGUCUGGCUCAAGACCCUUGGACAAGGACUGGACGGGUACAACGAGGUUCCGUAUAUCUCCUGCUGAAAUACCAGAAGAAGAAACAGUUCUACAACAAGAUGAAGAUCAAUGGGAGAAGUUGGUCGGUGACUUGGUACAGCCGGUGGAGAUGGAGACGAUUUACAUGGUGUACCCCAUCAGAGCUAAGCGUGGCGGCGAUGCUAUGUUAGCAAUACAAGAAGCGGUGCUGAGAUUGAAGCUGAUGGGUUUUCCUGUGGCAAGACUGCAUACAGACCGUGGCUCCGAGUAUGCUUCUCGAGGAUUACGACGAUGGCUACUUGAUCACGAUAUCUACCACACCAGGAGCGAAGCAUUGGUACCACAAACCAAUGGUGCAGCAGAAAGGGGGGUGAGGUGGUUUAAGACCCGAGCUAAAGUUCUACUUGCCGAGGCCCAGGUGAAUGUGAAGUUUUGGACUUUGGCUAUGCAACAUGCGGCAAACAGACGCAUCUAUGAUCGCUUGGGAGUCACCAAACCUCAUCUACUACCAUUUGGAUGCAAGGUGAUGAUAAGGCGAAAAAUCUUUGGCAACAACAAGAAGUAUGACCUGACGGACCGCUGGGAAGAGGGAAAGUAUCUGGGAAUGUCGGACACGAUCAAGGGUGGUGCGGUGGUUCUGAGAUCUACGGGCGCACUCACUGAAACGCUGAAUCUGAGAACCGGUGUGGUUGAUCCCAAGGCUCUUCUAGAAGCGGAACAAGACGAAGGAGACAAGGACCUACCAGGGAGAGAUGUUCCUAUCAUCGAUCUACCUGAACCAGAUCAUCGACUCAAAGGAAAAGGAGCCCCUCCAGCAUUAGUCAAGAUGCAAGCAGACCCUAUGUUGGAUGGUGGGGUUGCACCAAAGAAGGCCGCGAGUGGAUGGACGAUGAGAUCCAUGGUUCAAAGACAAGAACAAAAGGCAAAGAUAUUCUAUGACAUGGGGAAGUUUGACCUCAAAUCGUGUGCGGAGGUUUUGGGGGAGAUGGAUUUGGUUGGAACCAUGAAGAACAAGUCGAGAGGAGUACAAACUACUUCCAUGAUUCUUGGGGCCUACGUGCAUGGUGGAAUGAGAGGUGUGACCAAAUCUGGAAGGCGAAGACCACAUCUGACCAAGUAUCUCAACAUGGUGUUGCGGCUACGCGUUGCGGAAGACUUGGGGGAGGAUGGAAGUUGGACUACCAUAGGGGUGUUCAAGGCCGCGGAUAUACCUCCUCAUCGUGAUCUACGGAACCAAGUGGGAUCGUGGAACUAUGUGAUGGAAAUCGGAGGAAAGUCCCGGGCCGGGUUGUGGGUGGCAAAUGGAUCGGGUUCUACAUCAGUGCGUGGAGGAGAAGAUUGGCAGCCACUUGCAAAAGAACAACCAGAUGGAAGGGUACUAGAAGGUAACUUGGUGUGCAUCGGGGGAAAAGCCGUGGCAUUCAACCCGAAGGAGUUUCAUGCCUACCUAGACGAGCUUCCGGAACGUUGGAUUGUGGCUGCGUUUACGCCGUUGGGAGCACCUACACUACCGUCUACGGCAUCAGCCUAUUUAUCAAAGUGUGGGUUUCCUCUCGAAGGUACAGGUGUGGAGCGCUUGACAGUGGAUGAUGAUAGCGUGUCUGAGGAGGAAAGUUCUAUUGAUGAGUCGGAGGUUGAAGUGGCGACAUUGGAACAUCAGAUGAGGGUUCUACGUUGCUCAAUGGAACAGGAGGAUGUCGAGGUGGAGGGUGCGUACAAAGGACUACUAGAAGAAUAUCUUGAAUGGGGAGAAGCACUACUUCGGGAACGACAUCGGCGAGAUCUACGGCAAGUUGCUAAAGUAUCUCCUGGAGCGGCGGUGGAUUAUGAAGUGGAGCCAAUCCUGGAAGGUCUGGCUGGGCCACUGGAGGUGGUACACAACGUGGGCCUACAUGAGGCCCGGCGCAACCUACUUAAGUGGAAGGCUGCGAUCUUGAAAGAAGUCGACGCCCUGGUGCGCAGUGGAACGGUGAGGCGACUAUCCCCAGAACAAGCCAGGGAGCUCAAGGCGCAGGGCAUGGUUGUUCUACCGGGUAAGGCUGUGUUCACAGCUAAACCUCCCAGCGAGCAGCCAGCGGAGGGCCAGGAGAAGUUCCGGCGCAAAUGCCGGAUAGUGGUCUGCGGCAACUACCUUCCUAGUGACAAGGCUAACGUCUACGCUUCGGGAACCUCGGCGGAUGGACUGAGAAUAUCGGUGGCUUUCACAGUAUUAAAGCGAUGGAGAGCAGCAGCUACGGACAUUUCCAACGCCUUUACUCUG